AUGGAAGAAUCACACGUUUCAGACUUGAUUUCCAAAAGGCAGCGGCUUGAUUCUUCCAUUGCCGGAGAUAUCACAAUCCCUAAAGGCGAGGGUUCUUCUAAGCUCAUCCAGUUUGCUGACAAUGUCGUCUACAGAUUGUACUUCAAAGGUUUGGUGAGUGACGAUGAGGUGGCAGAGAGUGGAGAAAGAACCGUGACGGCUGGAUUCGGGGUUGCUAUCUGCGACGAGGCAGAUAAUUUGCUGUAUGAGAUGAAGAAAUCAACUAGUGACGGCGAGAUUAAGCGCAGAGGAGUGGAGAUUACGGCAUUGAUUCAUGGCUUAACUGAAGCCUUCAACUUGGGGAUCAGACAUGUCAGGAUUCACUGCGAUGAUUAUCCCAUUUUUCAAUUCAUAAAUGGUGGAGACAAGCCUCAGCAGACCAAAAUGCGUCAGCUAGUGAACGAAGUUUGUCGCCUAAAAGAAAAAAUGGUCUCUUGUGAACCUCUUAUGGUUGCAAGGAACGAUGUUAAGUUCGCGUUUAAGCUGGCUAGAGAGGCAAUAGCUUCUCAAAGCAAGGCAUCUCAAGGAGAAACAUGUGCCAUUUGUCUUGAAGACACCAACGUGGAGAGGAUGUUCUCGACUGACAUAUGCCCUCACCGUCAUUGUUUUUCUUGUGUGAAACAGUUUGUGGAAGUGAAGCUGCUUAGCGGAAUAGUGCCUACAUGCCUUGGUGAAGGAUGCAAGUUAGAGCUCACUUUUGAAAGCUGUUGCAAGAUCUUGACACCUAGGGUGAUUGAGAUGUGGAAACAAAAGAUGAAAGAGGAUUCGAUUCCCCCUGCAGAGAGAAUCUAUUGCCCGUAUCCAAACUGUGCAAUGCUGAUGUCCAAAUCUGAUCUUUCUAGCAAUGCUGACACUGCGGACCAGUCCAAUGUUCGAGAAUGUGUCAAAUGCCGUGGGCAAUUUUGUAUUGAUUGCAAAGUACCAUCUCAUACCGAUAUGUCAUGUGCUGAUUACAAGAAACUUCACCCUGACCCUUUACUUGAUGACAUGAAGCUUAAGUCUCUGGCAAACGACAAUAAGUGGCGUCAAUGUGUCAAAUGUAGGCACAUGAUUGAACUUUCUCAUGGUUGCAACCACAUGACUUGCAGAUGUGGAUAUGAGUUUUGCUACAAAUGUGGGGUAGAGUGGGUAAAGAACCGAAGUUCUUGCCCUUCGGGUUGCCUACUUACCGGCCAUGGUGAUUAUGAUGAUGAAGAUGAUGAUAAUGACUCAGACCACACUUGUGAAGAGGAUAUGUGUGAAUGCUAUUAUGAUGAUGAUGGUAAUCGUUGGCGUGACUGGGAAGACUUUGUGGAUCAUCAACCACAUGUGUACGUUUCUGCUCUUUGUUUACGUCGUUUGAUUCAUAAAUCAACUAAAUAUUUUCUUUGCAGCUAUGACAUGUCGCCACUUCCUCCGGAUGUGGUGCAGGAGUAUCAGUUUUCUCCUGAGCACUUUUGCACUGAUGCCACUGAAGAAGAUGGAUAUGAUGAUCCGAGCAAUUAUGGAGGCUUACCUGACUUUUAUGAUCACGGAGCGUUUGAGGCCUUCUACAGGGACUAUUAUUCUCUUUAA